AUAAAUGCAAAAAAAAAUAUAUAAAAGUUUAUAAGUGAAAUAUCAGUGAUUUAACUAUUAAAACAAUUUAUUAUAUAUAUAAUAUAAACAAAAUAAAAUAAUAAAUCACCACAAGACUGAAGUAAAACUUCGUUAGCUCUCCCACUCAACGUCCGUUCGCCGUCCGAUUACCCUUUUCGUAACGCACUCACCAGCUUAUUAUUCAAGUCAAGUGUGCGUAACUAGAAAUUUUACUUUACAAACUCCAAGUGAUGCUGUCGAUCGAGUAGACUGUGAACCGUGAUUGUGGUGUGGUGUAACGUGAACGUCCACCAUGGGGACGGAGGACAAGGCGCUGGACCCUGACGUGCUGAUGCAGGAGCUGGGGCAGUUCCGCCGCUUCCACCUGCUCAACUACCUGCUGCUGGGGCUGGUGCCCUUCGCGCUGGCGCACUACGCCAUCAACUACGUGUUCCUGGCCGCCGACGUGCCCUACAGAUGCGUGGUGCCGGAGUGCGAGAGCGCCAACAGCUCGCAGUACGCGGCGCCGUGGCUGGAGGCCGCGCUGGGCGGCGCCGGGCAGCAGCGUCGCUGCGAGCGCCGCGUGCCGCUGCCCGGCGCGGCGCGGCCGUGCGGCGCGGGCGACUUCACCGACCAGCUGCAGCCCUGCGAGCGCUGGCUCUACGCCUCCAACGACACCAUCGUCGCUGAGUUCAACCUCGCCUGUCAGGAGUGGAAGCGCACGUUGGUGGGCACCAUCCACAACGUGGGCAUGCUGGUGUCGCUGCCCAUCAUGGGCUACGUCUCCGACCGUUGGGGCCGGCAGCGCGCGCUGGUGCUGAGCUGCGUGCUGAUGGGCGCCGUGGGCUCGCUGAAGGCCUUCUCCGUGUCCUACGAGAUGUACGUGCUGGUGGAGUUCCUGGAGACGGUGGCCGGCGCCAGCGCCUUCCCCGCCGCUUACAUCUUGACUAUCGAGUUACUCGGCCAAGACAAACGCGUUCUCACCACAGCGUUUCUGGGGAUCAUGCUCGUCAUCGGCGGCCUCAGCUUCGCGCUGCUCGCCAAGACCUUCACUUACUUCCGGACCUUCAUCCUCGUGGUGUACCCGCCUUCUCUGCUCUUCAUCUCCUACAUAUACUUCCUCCCAGAGAGCAUACGGUGGCUGCUGACCAAAGGACGAAAAGAGGAAGCGUUACAAAUAGUAAUGAAAGCGGCGAAGAUGAACAAUGUGACUUUAUCAGAUGAGACGAUGAGACAGCUCACCAGCGUCGAAGAGAAGGUGAAGGUGGAUGAAAAGGACGAGAGCGAGGAGGGGUUGUGGGGGCAAGUGCUGAAGUCCCCUAUCAUAAUGACUCGCCUGGCGAUCUGUUCCUGGUGGUGGAUCACUUGCACCUUCGUGUUUUACGGGCUGGCCAUCAACUCCGUGUCGCUGGCCGGAGACAAGUACACCAACUACAUGCUGGUGGUGAGCGUGGAGGUCAUCGCGGUGGUCACCAACGCGCUGGUGCUGGACCGCAUCGGGCGCAAGACCACGCUGCUGAUAGCGUACGUCGUGUGCGGCGUCUCUUGUGUGGCGAUCGCGUUUGUGCCGACGACGCUGUGGUGGCUGGCCACGCUGCUGUACCUGGUGGGCAAGGUGGCCAUCACGCAGGCCUUCAGCGGCAUCUAUAUGUACACGUCCGAGCUGUUCCCCACGCGCGCGCGCCACUCGCUGCUGGGCUUCUGCUCCAUGCUGGGCCGCGUGGGCUCUAUCGUGGCGCCGCAGAUGCCGCUGCUGGUGAGUGACGUCACAUCCACAUGUACACGACCGAGCUGUUCCCACGCGCGCGCGCCACUCGCUGCUGGGCUUCUGCUCCAUGCUGGGCCGCGUGGGCUCUAUCGUGGCGCCGCAGAUGCCGCUGCUGGCGGUGUACGUGGAGUGGCUGCCGUCGGCGCUGUUCGGCGGCACGGCGCUGCUGGCGGGCGCGCUGAUGCUGCUGACGCCGGAGACGCUGCACACGCGCCUGCCCGACACCAUCCGCGACGCCGAGCGCCUGGCGCAGCAGCACCGCGCGCUCGCCGCGCCGCCCGCGCCCGGCACUGCGGGUCAGGCCACCUCGAAGUUAUAACACCGUUCUUUAUAGUACUUCCUACUCGAAUUUGUCGAACUUUGACGUGAUUAUAAAGUUUUAAUGAAAUCAACAAACAGUUGUACAAUUGUAUAUUAAAGAAGUGCCGUGAUAACCUCCGUGGAUAUCUGCCUCCGAUACCGGAGGGUGUGGGUUUGAAUCCGGUCCGCGGCAUGCGCCUCCAAAUUUUCAGUUGUGUGCAUUUUAAGAAAUUACAUAUCACGUGUCUCAAACGGUGAAGGAAAAACAUCGUGAGGAAACCUGCAUACCAGAGAAUUUUCUAACUUCUCUGCGUGUGUGAAUAUGGGUUAAUAAUGAUGAUGACAUUAAAGAAGACGGAUUAGACGGGGGGGGGGGGGGAUACAAUUGAUAAUGAAAAGUCGUAAUUUGAUUAUGCAAAUAGACGAUCAUUAUUGUGAAGCAAGAAAUGAGUGAUAAAAUAUGUAUUGUGUCUGAUUGCUAAUAUAUAUAAUCAGGCGUUGGGUAUUUUAUAAACAAAUUUUCGUUUUUUUUAUGUAACUAAAAUUUGCGGAUGCGGAUAGUUUUAAUAAAUUACUUAAACUAUACAAAUAUAAAUAUUUAUUUAGGAAACCAUUAUUACUAUCAUACCUACAUUGUCUACAGUUUUCAAAAUAUUGUGAUACUUAUAAGUAAAAUAAAAAUAAUAAUUUAUUUAAAAUAGGUAUUUACUUAGGUAGGUGGUAAAUAGUAUUAAUAUUUAGUAUACAAUACUUAAUUGUUAAGAUAACACGUUGUGUAAAACGUUUUUUUUAAUAUAUAAAUGUUUUAAUUUAUUUAUUAAUAUAAAUUAUAUAUUUAUUAUAAUAA